AUGGACGCUUUUGAUGAUUAUUUUUUUGAUGCUGAGACAAAUGAAACGAAGGAGUUGAGUCAAAUAGAUCAAAGCAAUCAGGUUAAUGAUUCAGUGGGUGAUGCAAAAGAAAUUGUACCAAAACCAAGCCCCGUAGGAGAUGCGCAAGCUAGCACCAGCAGAAUUAAAAAAGGUAGAAAACGAAAAUUUAUACCAAUCAGACCGAUCAUACCGAGAGAUUCAAAAAGCAAAGCACUAUAUUUAAUAAAAAAAAUAACUAAAGGAACAUUUAUAACAAAAGGCGCAUUACAAUUUUUUUCACUUCGUUCAAAUUUUAAAAGGAAGGCAGGCAGGUCGGACUCUCUACUGCGGAAACGCUUACGCAAAAGUGUACCGUCUCGGUCCAUGCUGGAGCUUUGCCGCCAAUGUGGACAAUUCUGCUGCAAACAAAAAAUUAUUUGUCCU